UAAUAAGUAUCUUCCUUCUCUUUUUUUUCUUAUAAAAUCAAUCUUGUUGUCUCCGGCAAUUGUUUUAAAACAUUUGCAGCACCCAACUUCUGUCUAUGCAUCCAGACACAAUCAAGCUUAUACCACCCUCAAGCAACAGUAAAAUACAGGAUAUAGACCCCUUGCAAACCCCGGAACAAGAUUGCAAAAAAAAAAAAGAAAAAAAGAGUUCAAUUUGAUUACAAACCAUUCAUUAUCAGUUUACCUAUUGUUAUCUUCCUAUCUGCACCAGCAUAGGCUUCUCAGCCUCAGCCUCAGCCUCGGCUUCAACACCUGCUUUCCUCUUCUCAACAACAAUCACAUCUUCUUAAAGCACUUAUACCCUUUAUCCUGAUAUGCUUGAGAGCAUGUCUGCAUUAUCUGAAGCCCAGGCUUUUGGUAUCCCUUCUCCUUCAGGGAACGGAGCUUUUCUUAAUAGUAUCAAUCUACCAAGACAAGCAUCCCAGAUAGAGGACGAUAUAUCAAUCCAUAGCCAUGUAUCCAGUCUUAACGACCCGAGAGCAACCAAUACAGUUGUCAAAGAUAUUACUUUUUGGGGCGGACUCAGUCUCUUAAUCUGUAAUACAACAGGUCCUGGUGCUACCAGUUUGCCACUAGUGGCGCAAAAUGCUGGAUGGGUGCCCACUCUCAUUGGUUUCCUGCUUGUCGGGCUGCUAAGCUACCUUAGCUGCAUGUUCAUUUGUGAAGCCAUGGCUGAAGUCCCAGGAAAUGAUCAUUUUCAAGCCAAUGUCGAAUUCUCAAACCUAGUAUUCGCAUUCUUUGGCAGAAAGUAUCAGAUUAUUGUCCAGCUUAUCUGCUUCUUUGCUAUGCAGACAACUAUUAUUGCAUCGAUUGCCAUUUGCGCUCAAGUAUUCGAUAAUCUUUUAAUAUGUCUGUUUCGCAAGACUUGUGGCGUACAGAUAUAUCCAAGCAUAACACUGAUCUGCGCCACGGAGCAAUUACCAUCCGCCAGUCCUUUUUCUGGUGUAAUGAUUAUAAGCACUGGGGCUUUGGUGGCAUUCGUCUUGGUUAUCCCUCUUUGCCUUAUGAACUUGAGUGAGAACAUCUGGUUGCAAGCCGGUUCCUGCAUUUUGAUUUUACUGAUAUUUAUCCAAUGGUUUGUGACUUUUUUCCAGCAUGGAUUAGUGCUGGCACGCGUUCCAGCAAUAGGCUCAGACAUAUCUCAGACAUUUGGAUCGAUUUUAUUCAACUAUGCGUUUGUGGCGUGCGUACCGUCGUUAGCCAACGCCAAAAAGGCAAAUGUUUCGUUGCAUAAAACUAUUGGCACCAACGUGUCGCUCAUGACCACUAUAUUCAUACUUGUGUCUAUUCUUGGAGCCAUGGCAUUUGAGAUCCCUACUAAUUCAACCCUGGUUCAAGCCAUUACCUCGUCGCCCGAUGUUUCUUUACUUUCACGAAUUGCUGGCUUUACUUUCCCGGUCGCUGCUCUGAUCACCUCUAUUCCUGUUAAUAUGAUUGUACUGCGAUAUAACUUGAUUCAGUCGAGGGCUUGCAGUAACAGAUGGGCUAAGAUCUUAGCCGGAUGCAUACCCUGGCUUUUUGCUAUUCCUGGGAUGACUGGUUCACUCCUUAUGACAAUUGUUGAUUGGAGUUCGCUUUUUUUUGUCUCCACAGCAAACUUUGUGAUUCCAUUUAUACUCUUCAUUCAUUGUAAAAGACUGAAGAAGAGAAAGCAUAAGCUUGCAGUGGUCGAUGAAGAAAAGGAAGCCGAGGCUAGCAAGGGCUCGGCAACAACAGCUAUUACUGAUUUGACUAUGUCGCCAGAGGAGAAGGAGCUUACAAUCUGGGGACGACUGACACUGUGGUGCGAGCGCCGUACAUCUAGAACAUCGGUGCCGGAGAAGUUUGGUCAAUGCCCUAGCCUUGAUUCGCUUGGGGCAACUAAAGAAAAACACGACGCUACUAAAAUUGCUAUCACUGGAGGAGAUCCAGAGACAAAGGGUGAUGGGGCUACUAUAGUGUCUUCUCCAACUCAACCCCGGGACUCUCGGGCUUGUACUAAUGAGAUUGAGGAAAUCCUGCCUCCAUUCCUGAGUGGGAACAAUUAUAUGAUCCCUGGACUUUCCAGGAUUCAAUCUAAAUUGGUAUUGGAUGAUUGUCUUUUGAGGCCAACCGGCUCAGAUUUAUCGCUGCAAUGGCCUCGACCUGCUGAGGUAUCUUCCCAAGAGAGUGUUAGAAGCGAAGGGGCACUGAGCAAGGUGGUAGACAUGGAGGAUGAAUUGCCUCAACAUCAUGGAGAUCUUAAAAGUCAAUUGAAGAUGCGUGCUGUCCCUCGGUGGAUCCCUGGCUCAGGGGUUGCUGUUGCAUGGGUUGCCUUGUUUAUCAUGCACGUUGGCAUUAUCAUGACAAUCAUGUGUGUAUUAUUCAUAUUGAAUCUCCCAAUUAUUUGACAGUUUUAUUAUUUCCUUUACUAACUGUG